AUGGUCGGACCCACCUAUAAGAUGCUAGUGAAACGUUUUGAUGUGGAUAGACUGCAUGUCAAUAGAAAUAAGAUACUGGGGAUAAACUAUUCAUUUGAUCUGGAUUUCACUGAAUACUGUCAGGCCAUGUGUUUCAAUUGUGGCGAUCCAGGACAUCCGCAAGCUGAAUGCAAGAGAGCUAAGCUCUGCUUCAUCUGCAAAAGUGCCACGCAUGCUAUUGGUGAUUGCCCAGUCAGGAGAAGACCACACCAGAUGGCUAAGUUCGUGGGAAGUGCAGUUGCAGGGCUAGGUUUCUACCACAUAGAGGUUCCAGAUAUGGGUCAAAAUACUAUUGGUAGCUUUAAGAAUUGUGGGGUGGUGUACAUUGAAUCAGGAGAAAUCAGCAAAGAAGACUUGGCUAAAGAGUUUGCUGUAAUCUACAAGACCAAUUGGCCCUGGCAGAUUAGGCCUUUUGGGAGAUGGUCUUACCUGGUGAAAUUUCCACCUCAUAUCUCUGUGGAUCAGGUAGCUGGAUACCCAUGCUUUGGGCUGUCCAGAGAAGACAUUACUGUUAAAGUAGUUGCUUGGAAGGAGGAACUAGUCAAGAAAGAUAAUCUCAUUGAAGUCUGGGUUCAACUGAGGAAAUCACUGCCUAAGUGGUGUGAGUGGUCUUCCCUGGACCAAAUCACAUAUGUUUUUGGAUUGUUGGUGGAUGUGGACUGGCAACUAAUGUUCAAAAGCAUGUUUGAGGUAGUCAGGGUGAAAAUCCAAUGUAGGGAUCCAUCCAAAAUCCCCAAUGAAAGGUUGUUUGCUCUAGAAGGUAAGUUAGUGCAGGUUCAGAUCUCUGUGGAAGUGCCUAAACCUUUGGCUGAAGAAAUGCAGACAAGUUCUGGGCACCAGAAUGGAGGAGACACAGACAGAGAUAACAACAGUGGCAUGGAGACUGAAGAGAGACUAAAUGCUGAUGAAAACACCCAAAGGCCACCCAGUAGUGCUGGAGCGAAUGGCAGUAGGAAUGGAGCUGGAAAUGGUAACACUAAUGGUCAGAGGAAUCAUUCUCUAUCUGACACAUUGACCCCACUAAGUGAGAAAGCUGCGUGGGAAGCCUUCAGGAAAGGAGAUGGUGAGGGAAGGACAGAAACAGGUGAGGAACAGAAGUAG